AUGCACAAACUUUUCAAGAAUGCCCCCUUCUUCGAUUUUGAGGCCAUACGCAUUCUAGGUACAACCUGCUACGGCGGCGCAGAUGUCGCCGAGGUCUUCGAAGCGGUCGACCAGAUCAAGAAUAACGACCCAGAGACCUGGGAAACCGCCUGGCGCAUCCAGGCCGAACGAGCGGAAAAGCUUGCCGCUGAAGCCCUUGAGCAUGGCGAUCGCGAUGCUGCCCUAGCCGGAUACCUACGUGCCUCAAACUACACCCGCGCCAGCGGAUACAUGUAUGUUUCUCGGGCAGAGUCAAGCGGGGAAGCUCUCGUGCAGGAUGCGCGAGCUCUUCCUAUUGCUGAAAAGGUAGGGGAACUGUUCCGAAAAGCGAUUCCCCUGAUGAAAGGAUCUGUACAUACACUCGGCAUCCCCUACGAGGAAUAUGCGUUACCAGGGUACUUGUAUCUGCCACCACCGUGGAGACGCAUUCCCGGUCGGAAAAUUCCCAUUCUUGUGAAUAGCGGCGGUGCCGAUUCAUGUCAGGAGGAACUAUUCUACUUGAACCCGGCAGCAGGCCCUGGGCAGGGGUACGCUGUUGUAACGUUCGAUGGUCCAGGUCAGGGUAUCAUGUUGCGAAAAUACGGACUGGAGAUGAGGCCAGACUGGGAGGCUGUCACAGGACGAGUAAUCGACUUUUUAGAGGAGUAUGCAGCCGAAAACCCCCAUUUGGAGCUGGACUUGAACUGCAUCGCAGUGUCGGGAGCGUCGAUGGGGGGAUACUACGCCCUUCGCGCAGCGGCUGAUCAGCGUGUGAAAGCAUGUGUCUCUAUUGAUCCCUUCUACGAUAUGUGGGAUUUUGGCACGGCGCACGUGUCACCAAUCUUUAUCCAUGCCUGGACAUCGGGAUGGAUUAGCGGCGGCUUCGUUGACAAUUUGAUGGCCCUUCUGUCUCGGCUUUCCUUUCAGCUUCGCUGGGAGAUCUCGGUCACUGGCACAUUUUUUGGCCUCUCUUCACCCUCGCAGAUUCUGCUCCACAUGAAAAAGUACACAUUGCGUAGUACAGAAGAGGAGCCGGAAGGCUUCCUUUCCCGCGUGAUAUGCCCCGUGUUGUUGUCCGGAGCAGGCAAGUCGCUUUAUCUGGAUGUCGACAACCAUACUCGCCAGUGCUACGAUGGGCUAGUCAACGUGGCCGAACGCAACAAGCAGCUUUGGAUUCCCGAAAGUGAGGGUCAGGGGAGUCUGCAAGCGAAAAUGGGAGCGUUUCGACUGUGUAAUCAGCGUACAUACCGAUUUUUGGAUGAGUGUUUUGGCAUUAUGAGGAAGAGCCUGUAG